AUGGUGAAUUUAACCCCAGAUUCUCAUCCAAUUAUCGAAAUUGCAACAUAUUCAGAUACCGACGUAUAUGAGUGUUACAUACGUGGGUUUGAGUCUCGUGUAGUUAUGAGGAGAACAAGGGAUGAUUGGGUAAAUAUCACCCAAGUAUUCAAGAUAGCUCAGUUCUCUAAGACACAGAGAACUAAAUUGCUAGAGAAGGAAUCAAUGAACAUUCAACAUGAGAAGGUACAAGGUGGCUACGGUAGAUUUCAAGGUACAUGGGUACCGUUAGACGCAGCAAGGGAUAUUGCUGCAAAAUAUUCAAUUCAGGACCCCGUCGCAACAGUACUACUCAAUUUUCAGCCGAAUCCCACAAAUCCUCCUCCAAGAAGGACAAAAAAUAGUAUACUAAGGAAAACUUCCCCAGGUACUCUAAUUACAUCUCCUUCCAGCUACAAUAAAACUCCUAGAAAGAAAAAUAAUUCAGUGAGUACUAGUGGGAAUGUCAAUUCUACCACGAAUGUCAGGAAAAAUAAGAGAUCUAACUCUUUUCAAAAUAAUCCAAGUCCCCUGCACAAUAUGAUUUAUCAAACUCCCCAGCAAUUCCAAAUACAAAAUACGGGAUCCAACGAUAUCGGCACCAUAAAGAAGUUCAAUGAACAACUAAUUGAUACAUUACCUAGCGUUAAUGAGAAUUCCAGUGUUCAAAAUUUCAAGUCUUCACAAAAUGGUUUACAUAUAAAACCAAGUAGUCUAUACGCUACCACUCAAAAACCUCUGCAGUUUUAUUCUGUUCCUACUCCAGCAAAUAGCAAUACUAUGAAGGAGUUUCACCAACUAUCUGAGAAAAAAGAUGACUCUAUACCGAAUCCACAUUUAAAUGGAGCAGCUUCUGUAGUCACUAGUAAGCAACAUAGGAAAUAUAAUAGGAAAAGAGCGACAAAUCAUGUAAAUAGAUCUAUCCACGAACAAGCUACUACCAAUACGAAUGAUAAUAAUACCAGGAACAUGCAAACAUUGGAUGAAAAUGAAUACAAACAGGCGAUACUGCAAGUACUUGCCACUGAAGAAAUAUCUGAGGAGACCAAAGAAGCACUGGAGGGCCUGAAACGUCUGCCACCAGGACUGGACAUAAACUUCCUUGUCGAUGACCAAGACCAUACAUCUCUUCAUUGGGCAGCUGCUAUGGCAAAUCGCCCCUUAGUGAAACUUUUAAUAUCAUUGAAUGCUAAUGCUCUUCAAUGCAACUCCUUGGGGUUCAACUGUGUAACAAAAGCUGUAUUCUAUAACAACUGUUAUAAGCAAUCUGCGUUUUCCGACAUACUUUCUAUGUUAAAGAUUUGUCUGGUGACACCUGAUAGAAAUGGACGUCUUCCAUUACAUUAUUUAGUUGAACUGAGUGUUAACAAGUCGAAAGAUCCGGAAAUUAUUAAUUCAUAUAUCGACAUGAUUAUCCAUAGUAUUGGUAACGAAGAUUAUGAAUUACUGGAAAUGUGCUUAAAUUAUCAAGAUAAUACAGGUAAUACUGUGCUACAUUUGGCUGCACUAAAUUUGAAUCUGGGAUUAUUUAAUAAACUGUGUUCCCUAGGUUCAUUGACUAAUAUUUUAAAUAUCGACAACGAAACACCAGCUACCAUUUUGAGUAGAUACAAUCUGGUUCCACCAACAGCAACGGCUAUAAUUUCGCCAAUGGAAUUUACCCAACCUCUACCUGGGACGUCUUUCAAAACGGAAGCGGAUGAUGAUCAGUUCAGUAAUAAAGCAACUAGCCUAGACGACGGCGAUAGAAUGAAUAAAUCUAACCGUCCAACUAAUGAGAACAACUCGAGAGAAUUGAUACAUAGUGAUUCCACAAAUCUAAAUAGUAUGCUAGAAGACAUUUCUUCUCUAGAUUCUUUGGUGACUUCAUCAGUAAUAAGGGAUCCGAAAGCAACCGAUGGAACAAUCUUUAAUCAAUCUCCUAUGCUGUACAAGGAAAGACCUGCGAAGGCAGCUUUCGCAAAGGUUAAGCAGUCGUCAUUAAACCACUCAAUUUCCCUUGACGAUGCUAUAGAACCAUUAACACCAAUAAAAGUUGCUAGUGAUAAGAAAAAUGGUCGUGUAAGGAAGGGAGGUGAAAGGAAAGGAAGCGUUUUGAUCGAAAUCACAGGAAAAUUACUUCAAGCUACUAACAAAUUAACAUCUACCAUAGACUCCAACGUAAUUCUACUGACUUCGGAUAUAGGGAAGUUAGAAUCAAGAAUACGAGAAACUGACACGGUUAUUAAGUCUGCUGCAAAACGAAAAGAUGAUUUACUGUCAUCUUUCAAGAAACAGGAUGGGAAACUCAAUGACGUAAACGAAAUAAAGAAGGAAAACGAAGAUUUAGAAAAGCUGCUUGCUAAUACAAAACAGUCUUUCGCCCAAUGCAUUGAAAAAUCGCAAGCAUUAAGUUUGGCUACGCUUGUUCAAGAUGAGGAAUCUAAAGUGGAGGAUUUGUCAAAGCCAACUUCAUCUGAGAGUACAUUCGACAAAGAGGAGAUGUACAAACUUUUCACAGAGUUAACAGUGCUACAAUUAAAAAGACGUCACUUAAUAAGCAAAGUAAGUAAUAAAAGAGGCUCCUUAAACACAUCGGAGAAAAUCAACAAAUACAAAACUCUAAUAGGGUUUUCAUCCGAGGACAGUGAGUCCAUGCUAGAUGACCUCGAAAAGGAUUUAAUGGUAGCGUCGCAGUAA